CCUGACACUGACUUGCUUUCUCAGUACUGGACAUGCAGUCAGCAGGCGCUCUGAAGGGGUGGGUGGCUCUUUGCUGCCUGUCACUCUGGCUGACAUAUUCUAGUGGUCAAAAGAUAUUGACACAGCCUCCUGUUACAUCAGUGACUCUUGGUGAAACUGCCACACUGGACUGCAAUGUUCAGAAAGAUGAGGACACUCCUCUUAGAUGGAUGAAGCAGGUGACAGGCAGUCCUCCCCAGCAUAUUCUACGUUUCUAUCAUUCUUACAGUGCUCCUAAAGAUUAUGGUACUGGAUUCUCUGCCAGUCGGUUCACAUCAAAAGCCAAAAGUAAUAAAAUCGAUUACCAGUUAAUAAUUAGUAACGUGGAGGCAUCAGACAGCGCUGUGUAUUACUGUUACAACUGGGGUGGCUCUGCCAACGUGUGGGUGCCGAUUGGCUCCCUUCUCUUUAUCUGCACCUGCCACUUCUCAACUCCUCACACUGAGUUUCUCACCAACGUGGACAUGUGGUCAGCAAACACACUGGACAUGAGGGUGAUCAUCUGCUACCUGAGCUUCUGUCUGGCAUAUGCCAGUGGUCAAAGGGUCCUGACACAGUCGGCUGUUACAUAUAUGAAUCUGGGGAGCACAGUCACACUGGACUGCAACAUAGAGAAAGAUGAGGGAAACAAUAUAAGCUGGCUGAAGCAGGUCCCAGGAAGUCCUCCUCAGCAUAUUUUAUAUUUCUAUCACUCUUGGAGCUCUCCUACAGAUUAUGGCACUGGUUUCUCUUCUAGUAGAUUUACUUCCAAAGCCCAAGGUAAAACCGACUAUCAGUUAAUAAUCAGUAAUGCAGAGGCGUCAGACAGUGCUAUUUAUUUCUGUCAAACCUGGGAUGACUCUUCCAGAAGCAGGGUAUUCGGCAAAGGCACCAAACUCAUCGUUUCAGAUGCCAACCUGCUGCCACCAUCAGUCACCAUCAUCCCUCAGGUACCUGAGAAUCUUGCAGACAGCGAUACAGUAACCUUAGUCUGUAUAGCCAAUAAGCUGUCAGUCUCCCUCGCUGACCUCAAGUGGACAUCAGAUGGCACAGAAGUGACCAGCAAUGUGCAGACCAGUGACCCUGUGCAAGACUCGGACAAGACCUACAGCAUUAGCAGCUACCUGAGCAUCACAGGCAGAGAGUGGAAGGCGGACAAAGUGUACGUCUGCACAGCGUCACAGGGCAGGUUGAGCUCCUCGGCGUCCCAGCAGGUCCAGUAUUCCAAGUGCAGUAAAUAGCCCUGUCUGGACAUCCGAGGUCAACCAGAUUAAACAAAAAAGUGUCUCACUGUUUGAAAUGAUUUGUUUUGUUUUAAUAGGCCUAAGGUAUGAUGUAUGUAGUGUUGAUGCUGCAAAUGCAGAUGUAUUGAAACAUUUAAAAAAUGUCCAGUGAUUAAAGUAAAUUAUUCACCUGUCUGUUUGUAGUAAUAGUGAAAUAAUAAAAGCAAAUGCAAAAUG